AUGAAAUCAACAUUAGUUGUUUUAUUGAUAGUUGUGGCUUCUGCUUCUACAAUUGCAGACAUAACAUAGAGAUUAUCAAAUUAUGCUGAUCAUCCUUUUGGAUCUUCAAUGAUCAAUUUAGUCAGUGUCAAUAUGAAAACAGGUGGAUCACUCAAUGAACUCAAACAACUGUUAUAACAAAUUAAAGAUGAAUUAAUUGCACUUACAUAAUUAUAAGAUUAGGAAAGUGCAACAUUCACUAGAAGAUCAUAAGUAGAUUUAGCCAAACUUUAAGCCACUUUAGAAUAAGCUUAAUCAGAUCUUGAUAAUUAGAGACAAGAAUAAACAAGUCUCUCUAAUGAAUUAACUACACUUUAAACUAGAGUCAAAGAGGAUUAAGCUGCAUUAGAUAGAAAUAGUAGAGGAAGUAAUGAUGCUUAAGCAAGAUUGGACUCAGAAAAUGCAGAUUUCACUACAAAAUAUUAAGAUUAUAGUGAUGCCAUAUUAGCAUGCAAAGAAGCAUAAAGAUUAUUAUUAAAUUUAAGAGGAGAAGGUGCUUCUUUAAUUUAAUUGACGUAAUAUUAUUAUGAUUAUUAUUUUAGACAAGACACUAAAUCUAAUUUAAUUUAGACUAAAGAGAACUUCUAAAAAAUUAAGGAGAUUCUUGAAGCACAUACUAAAAAGAGUUCCCUUACUUUAUUUUAACCAAUCAUUGAAGGAUUAGCAGAAAUGACUACUAAAGUCAAUCCUGAAACUUUGAACAAUGUUCUUAGUCUUGUUGCAAGAUUGAUUACUGCAUUAUAAGAAGGUUAAGAUCAAUUAGAAUCUAAUCAUAAAACUUAAGUUGAUAAUCUUAGUAGAUUAGGUGAUGAUUUGAGAAAUGAAAAAUAAACAUUAUAAGUCUCUUUGACAACUGCUAAUAAUAGAUUGAAGGAGAUUUAAUCAAGAUUAAAUGAAUUAGAUGGAUUGAUUAAUAUUUCAAAUGCCAUUGUUGAAGUUACUUAACUCAAUAUAUAAGAUGCUACCAGAAUCAAUGAAUUAGAAGAUCAAGAAUAUAGCAAUUAGAAAGUUAGCAGGUAUUAUAUUAUAAUAUAGUAUUAGAUAAACUGAAAUUGACAUUGUCGACAGAUUAAUAGAAUAUAUUAAUCAAAAACUAUCUGAAUGAU